GGGGGGGGGGGGGGGUUCGGGGUCGGCGGAGGGUCGUAAAUCGUAACAGUAGAUGAGUAAAGAAAAGGAAAACAAGGUGCGUCAAGGUGUGAGUGGUCGGUUAAGAGUAGUGAGAACAGCGAUGUGAGGCGCGAAGGUGUGGAAUGUAACGAUGCGCUGGAAUUGAGACAGAAUCACAUUGAAUUGUAGCCGCGCUCCAUUGCCCGAUCGUCGAUUUACUUGAAGUAUGGGGAAGAGGCGGACAUUGACCACACGAACCCGAAACCAACAAAACACGGAAGGAAAAAAAGAGGAGAGAAAAGAAAAGAAAAGAAAAGAAAAGAAAAGGAGGAAAGGGAUAGUCAAGGACGAGCGACAGGCUCUAUCGGAGAAUAAAGGAAAAAAGAAGAGGGAACACGUAGCUGUAUAGAGGAAAAAGGGAAGAAGGGAAGAAGGGUGGGGAGAGAAGGAAGUGAGUUGGGAGAGGAAGAGAGAGAGGGUGGAG